AAGCACCAAGCGCUGUCAUAGCUUACCGUUCUUUGUCAUAGCAAUCGAAGAAGCCAAUAACCUUUCUUUGUGCAAGUCUCAGCUUACCGUUCAAGACGCGAGCUAUAGAGUGAAUGCGCCGGUAAAUUCUUCAGGUGAGAGAGAAAAAUGGCGAUUUCAGGGGAUCUGGGAGUAUUUGCCACACUCGCACCUCAUCGCGCCCGUCAUCUUCCUCUUCGAACUUCCUCGCAUUCUUCAUCUAAGGUAGACAUUUCCUGCUUCCCAAAUGGUGGGCUUCGUAUUUGUGACUUUACACCGAAAAAGUUGAGCAGUGUGUCUAAUGGCUUCAAUUUUCGCUGCCAGUCCAAUCUGACUUUUGGAGUCAGUGGAGAAGAUAAAUCAUCUGUAAAAUCCUUCAGCGAAGAUGCUGAGACUUUUUUACUGAAUGCUAUUAAUCUGAGCUUCUUUGAGCGUGUAAACUUAGCAUGGAAGAUUAUUUUCCCCCCACCAAAAACAAGGAGGAGUUCCAAUGCAAUGAUUGCUAAGCAGCGUUUAAAGAUGAUCUUGUUUGCUGAUCGAUGUGCUGUUAGUGACGAGGCUAAACGGAAGAUAGUGAAAAGCAUUGUCAGUGCUUUAUCAGACUUUGUGGAGAUUGAUUCUCAGGAUAAGGUGCAGCUCGACGUCUCUACUGAUACUGAUCUUGGAACUGUAUGUUCUGUAACUGUACCUGUAAGGCGAGUGAAACCUGAGUAUCAGGAAGACGAUGAGUCUGGAUCAAUAAUGGGUGUUGAUUAUAAAGACAACGGUGAACUAUCAGGUUCUGUUGAUGUCCAAUUUGAUUUCUACAUCCCAAAUGAAAAUCAGAUGACGUGAGCAUACGUGAUUUAGGUCUGUAACCUAGUUGCAUCAAGUAUCAUCAGUGAUGGCAACUUUUGACCCCAAUUUAGAUCUCAAGAACAUGUGGCUUCUGCAUUAGGGGUCGUUACAGAUGGAGUUUGUCGCUUCUUGAUAACUUGCUUUUCUGUAAAUAUAAGAUGUAUUCUCCAAAUUGGGUGAAAGAUUUAUUCUUUCCCUUUAUAAUCUUAACCUUUUUAGGCUAUCAUUUUGGAAUGAAUAUGUUUCUAAGGGACCUUAAGUUUUG